CAUAGUUUCAUCUGUGUAAUAAGCUUUCUCUCUCCCAAGUCUUAAGCCGUGUACACAUGGGACACAACAGCAUGACAACAAGAACCAGAGAAGGGAAAAACUGACCGUCCACUUACGUUGUAUUUUUCUUUUUUGUUUGCAGCUUUCUAUUUUUUCUGUUUUUUUUUUACAAGAAUAUUAUCAUCAUCUUCGACGGCGCAUACGAGGAAAAAGAAAACCCUCUUUUUUUUUUUUUUUUUCCUCUUGUGUUCUAAAAGGCCUUCAUUAAUUAACAGAAUAAAUUAAUUUAAAGCGAUAAUAGUCGUGUCUUUGAUUUCUUUUUUUUUGGGGCUUUGCUUUCUCCAAAACGAAGAGAAAGAAACCGAAGCUUUUUUAUUCACCUUAAACGGAGAGCUUUUUUUCUUAAUAUGGCGGCCGCUUAAAUCCCUCUCUGUUUUCUGUCUUUGCUUAUUUUGAUUUUUUUUCCCCUUGCUGAAGUUAAAAGCCUAAAAGAAUAGUUCGCUUUGUUGCGGCUCCAUAUUGUUCUUUGAAGUUGAGAAGCUUUAAGGAUGUCUAAGAGUGAAGAUUCUGGUAGCCCUGGAUGGAGUGCAUCGUUUUUCAUGCAGACCACUGAGGAUGUUGCAAGAGCAGUUGCUGCUGCUGCUGCAGCUGCGACUGCUGUUCGUUCUCCCCGACCCUCGGCUGUAUAUUCAUCAAGAGAUGAAAAUGGUGGUAGCCAAUUUCAGAAGCUACAUCGUCAUGUUUCAAGAGUGUUAAAAGGAUUCUCGCAACCCCCUGAAGUGAGAAGUGGAACUUACAAUCCAGAAGUUCUGACUAGCCAAAAGCGUCAAUGGGCAAGCUUUCAGUUGCAGUACUUGGAUCAUAGAGCUUUGAAAGAACCAUCGAGGCUUUUCGAGAGCAUGGUUGUUGUCGGACUUCCUCCUAAUUGUGAUAUUCAGGCGCUUCAAAGGCAAUAUGUGACCAGAAAGUUUGAAGGUUCUGGGAAAUUGCGAAAUGCUCUUAGUUAUCAGAAUAAUUCUCGUGUGGAACCUAACCUUGAACCCCAGGUCUUAUUUGUUUAUCCCCCAGAAAAGCAGCUGCCACUUAAAUACAAAGAUCUUCUUUCGUUUUGCUUCCCUGGAGGCGUAGAGGUUCAUGCUAUCGAGAAAACUCCUUCAAUGAGUGAGCUGAAUGAAAUUCUUCUGUCACAGGAACACCUAAAACAAAGUGACCUGUCAUUUGUGUUUCGGUUACAGGUUGCUGAUGAUUCCACUUUGUAUGGAUGCUGUGUGUUAGUUGAAGAAAUAGUACAAAAGCCCUCUGGAUUGCUUUCUUUGAUUUCAGAUAAACAACCUGCCUACCCGUCUCUGAGUCGUUAUGUGAUGACCACUCGCAGAUGUUAUUGCAUUCUUUCGAGGCUUCCAUUCUUUGAGUUGCACUUUGGUGUGUUGAAUAGCAUAUUUGAUGAAGAAAGGUUGGAACGGUUAACCAAAAGUAUUGGUGAUAUAGAUUUAGAAAUGUCAGAGAGUUAUAGCAAUGAAGCAAAUAUAGAUGAUGUAUCGACAGAUCAAGGAGCUCUAGAGGACAUACAGGACACAACAAUUGAAGCCUCUGAGUCAAGUUCAGGAGAUUCUAAACUUGGAGGUACAGAUGAUGGGAAUAGCUUGGAGCAUCAAAUGCUUGAGAGGGAUUUGGAUGUAAACAAAGCUGUUAAUCAUGAUCCUGUUGUUCCCAUUGAUCUGGAAACUGAUACGUUUGCAAGCAAAAAAGAAUCUAGCGGCACAAAUCCUGAAGAUUGUGAUACUGAUGUUGAUGAUUUCACAACAAAUAAGCAAGCAGCAGAAAGACGUUUGCCAAAUGCUGUUCUGCCGCUACUGCGCUAUUAUCAGUAUGAAAGCUCUGAAUCGUCUUGCAGUUUUCAAGGUUCUCCUUGCGAAGACAGGAAUUUGAGGAGUGAUGUUGAUGAUACAGAAACAGAAGAGGCAUCUAUCUCUGGCCAGGAAGAUUCCAGUGAUCACCUUGAUAUCCUUGAAUGGGCUAAGGCAAACAAUCAUGGGUCAUUACAGAUACUAUGUGAGUAUUAUCAGUUACCUUGCCCUGCAAGGGGAUCAACACUUAGGUUUCAUCCUUUGGAGCACCUUCAUCCGCUGGAAUAUCAUAGACCUGAUGAAAAAGUUUUGCAUAUUGCUGGCUCAACCGUCGACUUGAGAUCUUGCAGUACAAGUCUUGAAUUUUCUGAGGCACACACUGCCCUGUUGGCCGAAGAGGAAGCAACUGCUUUAUCAACAUGGGCUGUUGCAUGCAUGUGUGGAUCUCUGCGGCUUGAACAUGUGUUAACCAUCUUUGCUGGAGCAUUGCUGGAGAAACAGAUUGUGGUUGUUUGUUCGAAUUUGGGAAUCUUAUCUGCUACAGUUUUGUCCAUUGUCCCCCUAAUCCGUCCAUACCAAUGGCAAAGCCUCUUGAUGCCGGUUUUGCCAGAUGAUAUGCUGGACUUUUUAGAUGCACCUGUUCCUUACAUAGUUGGUGUAAAGAAUAAAACAAGUGAAGUACAGUCAAAGUUAGCCAAUGUCAUUCUGGUUGAUGCUAAUAAGAACCAGAUAAAGGCAUCGACAAUACCGCAACUGCCACAACAUAGAGAGUUGUUCUCAUGCUUAAGUCCUUAUCAUGCAAAGCUUGUUGGGGAAAGUUAUUUGGGGAGGAAAAGACCAGUAUAUGAGUGUACAGAUGUGCAGAUUGAAGCUGCCAAAGGUUUUCUAUCAGUCUUAAGAUCAUACUUGGAUUCUCUUUGCUCUAACAUGCGGUCACACACAAUUACAAAUGUACAGUCCAACAAUGAUAAGGUAUCAUUGCUUUUAAAAGAGAGUUUCAUUGAUUCAUUCCCUAGUCGUGAUCGACCAUUUAUGAAGCUGUUUGUGGACACACAACUCUUCUCUGUACAUACAGAUCUUGUUCUCUCAUUUAUCCAGAAGGAAUAGGACCACAACCAUGCAAAGAUGGCCUGGAAUUGUAGUCUUGUAACUUGAACGUAAGUUCAGCCAUGUAUAAUGUCCAAAUAUUUUAUCAAUAUGGGUUAAAAAUGUUAUAGUUUCGUGAAAGCAUUCAUUUCUUUUACCCUUCAUUUUCUCUGUUGCCAUUUUCUUCUGGGCACCCUGAAAUUUUAAGGAGUAAUAAUUAAACGAAAUAUUUAUACUGAAUGGGCAUUGAUCAGGCGGUAGCAGAGGGCUUGGAA